GGCUAAGCCAGGAAAGAAACGGGGCGCUUUAUCGUCGCUAAUUGGUCGGUGCUGCUGCGCUACCGCUGAAGCGCAAGAACGUUCUGUGGUGAGAGGAGAGGCGCCGCCAUUAGCUUCGCCGCCGCUGAUAUGACGUUCAAGCGGAGCCGAGACCGCUUCUACAGCACCCGUUGCUGCAUCUGCUGCCAUGUCCGCACCGGCACUAUCAUCCUGGGUACCUGGUGUAUGGUGGUGAAUCUUCUAAUGGGCAUUUUGCUGACAGUUGAAGUGACUCACCCUAACACUGUGCCAACCGUUGAUAUUCAGUAUGAAGUUAUUGGUAACUACUAUUCCUCUGAGAGAGUGGCAGAAAAUGCAUGUGUUCUCUUUGCCAUCUCACUCCUCUUGUUCACAAUCAGUGCUAUGAUGGUGUAUGGAGCAAUUGCUCAUCGGGUUGGCUGGCUGAUUCCUUUCCUCUGUUACCAGCUUUUUGACUUUGUUCUCAGCUGUUUAGUGGCUAUAAGUUCUCUAACAUAUCUUCCAAGAAUAAAGGACUAUCUGGAUCAGCUACCAGAAUUCCCAUACAAAGAUGAUCUCCUUUCCCUUGAUUCAAGCUGUCUUCUGUUCACUGUUCUGGUGAUCUUUUUCUGUAUCAUCGUCUUAAAGGCUUACCUGAUUAACUGUGUAUGGAACUGCUAUAAAUACAUUUGCAACAGAAACUUGCCUGAAAUAGCAGUAUACCCUGCGUUUGAAGCACCUCCACAGUACGUCCUACCAACAUACGAUAUGGCAGUGAAGAUGCCAGAGAAAGAACCUCCACCUCCUUACAUACCUAUCUGAAGCUACUGAACAUGAGUUGAAAACACUUGUACCAGCUUCAUUUUUAUACUGCAAGACUGCUUAAGUAUUCAGGGCUUUAGGAGCAACACUAUGGUUGAGAGGCAUUUGAUAUAACCUUACUAAACAAAAUCCAUCUGGGAGUGAUUUCUACACCACUACCAUGGUAGCUUGAUUUUAUUGAUCUUCUCAGUCCUCCUAAGCAAUUAUUGCCUUAGGGCUUCAUUCUGCAAGCACCUCUGUCUCUGUAUAUAGCUUCAUAUUUGUUGAUUCAUUUAACAUGGAUGAGUGAGAGCUAGUUUGGGAAAUGGGUGUUCACAAGAUCAGGUGUUUUACAAAUAUAGAUAAAUCUGAGGGACAAUCAAACAAGUGGCAAUAUGACAGCUUGGGUUUUUUAUUAUUUCUUUUUUUAGAGUGGGGAAAGAAGUUCAAAAUGUGGUGUACAUUAACAUUUAUGUGUUUACUUGGCACUUUCUCCUAUAUCUUACCUUGUUCCUGUGUUAUCCAAUGCCUUGAAACACUGUUUUCAGGAAAUCUGAAGCUGGCAUUAUGGUUUGAGGUUUUUACCAUAUGCUGUGAAUGCAAGUGUUCACAGUAAAUACAUUUGUGUCAGUUGCAUGCUUCUAAUUUGUAUGUAUUUUCAUCUUUGUUUAUAAAUGAUACUUUAAUAAAACUUGUUUU